UUUGGCAUGGAUCUUCUUUAAAAAGACGCCGCUAGCAUUGACACAACUUUAGUUAGCAUCGAACUUGACACUCAGUCGGCGUGUGUUCCGUAUUUAUUUGUGGACUUUGUAUUGAAGUGGGAAGAAGAUUCAAAUCGUUUUCGAUUCAAAAUAAAAACUUACGAACAAUGUGCGGAAUAUUUGCUAUUUUCUCCAAGGAUGGAGAGUGUAUCCAGCCAAAAACAUAUUACGGACGAGUCCACACAUUGCGCGAAAUUGGAUAUAGACAGAGUGGCAAACAGAGACAUCGAGGCCCGGACUACACUGGGGUAUGUUAUCUGCCGGACCAUGGUGUUCUUAUGAUACACGAACGCUUGGCAAUUCUUGAAGUCGAAACUGGACACCAGCCCCUGUAUUCGGAAAACGAAAAUGUGAUUUUGGUGGCAAACGGCGAGAUAUACAAUUAUCUAGAACUGUCCGCUGAAAUUGCCAAGAGACGUGGUCACUACAAGCCAAAAAGUGAUUGCAGUGUCAUCAUCGAGAUGUACGAGGAAUACGGCGAACUGUUGUUGGAUCAUAUAACCGGCAUGUUUGCUUUCGUCUUGUACGAUAAGCGAGAAAAAACCAUUCUUAUUGCCCGAGAUCCGUUUGGAAUAAUCCCAUUGUAUGUCGGCGAAGAUGUUGAUGGCAAUAUUUGGGUGGCGUCCGAAUUGAAAUGCCUUGUGGAUGUAUGUCCUAAGGUGGAAACUUUCCCACCAGGCGAACUGCGGUACGGCAAAGCGGACAAUCUGAUUAAGAGCACCUAUUUCCGACCGACUUGGAUGUACGAAACGCCAUCGAUGAGCGCAGACUUGUGUCAACUAAGGGCAGCUCUUGAGAGUGCGGUUCGAUCGCAUUUGCAGUGCGAUGUUAAUUUUGGUGCCCUACUUUCCGGUGGCGUAGAUAGCAGCUUAAUUGCUUCCAUUGCAACAAAACUCCAGAGAGAGCGUGAUCCCAGCUAUCGCCUCAAAACCUUUUCGGUUGGUCUAAAGGGGGCUCCAGAUUUCGAAGCAGCUCGCAUGGUAGCCGAGUACAUAGGCAGCGAUCACAGAGAGGUCAUCUUUGAAAUAGAAGAUGCACUGGACGGCAUUCGUGACGUGAUCUACCACCUGGAGACCUAUGACGUGACGACGGUGCGCUGCAGUUUACCCAUGAUUCUGCUGACGCGUUACAUCAAAAGUACCGGCAUAAAAAUGAUACUCUCCGGAGAGGGGGCCGACGAAAUAUUCGGUGGCUAUCUGUAUUUCUUUAAUGCUCCCAACUGCACUGACUUCCACGAGGAGUUGGUAAAGCGGGUCUCUCAACUCCACCUCUCCGACUGUCUGCGAUCCAAUAAGGUGUCAAUGGCCAAGGGCAUCGAGUUGCGUGUGCCAUUCCUGGAUACGGCUUUUGUAAAUUAUGUUAUGUCGGUGAGACCUGAAGACAAAAUACCCGGUGACCUCAAUUGUUUCGAAGGCCAGCAGAAGUAUCGAAUCGAGAAGCACAUUUUGCGGGCAGCAUUUGCCGACAAUUAUCUGCCGGAUCAGGUGCUGUGGCGUCAGAAAGAACAAUUUUCCGACGGAGUGGGUUACAAUUGGAUAGACAACAUUCGUCGCGUGGCAACAGAUCAUGUCUCCGAUGCUGAGUUUGCCAAAGCCUCAGAAAAGUACCCCGUCAACACCCCUACUACCAAGGAGGCCUACUAUUAUCGCAGCAUAUUCGAAGAAAUGUUUCCAGGCGAAAGUGCCGCCAAAACCGUCACUCGGUGGGUACCACGUCGUGACUGGGGGUGUCCCGAAGAUCCCUCUGGCAGAGCACAAAGUGUUCAUCAAAUUCAUAAAUAGAGAAAGCCAUUUAUCGAUAGCUAAGUCUAACCUAAAGACUGAAAGUAGUAGAUCGAGUUAUUUAAGCUGCGUUCUGCUUACUGUCUGUAUUCAUAUACUAUGUACAAAAAUACAUACAUACAUAUUUUGAAAUUGAGAUGUUUAUGCAAAGAAUGCCUGACUUGUAUUACCGUUACAUAAGCUCAAAACAAAUUGUCAAUUGUUAAUGGCAACUCUUGAAAUGUGUCUUAAAUAUGCCAACUGUAGUUUUAAUAAAAUAAUUCAAUUCAAUUCCAAA